AUGCAGCAAAUCGCUCAAAACAAAGAUGUUGAGAAGUUCAUAUCAGAAACAAAGUAUUUUUUGGACGAGUUCGACUCGAUUAUCAGCCACUGGGAUUUGUCAGGGAAUUUCUUUCUGCACUAUUUGAUCGAGAUCCACGAGAGUGUAACGCAGCUCCUGGGAAAAUUCACCACCCUUUCGUUAGACGGUGUGGGCGGGCGUAAGCAUGAACACUUCUUCAAUCUGCAGUGCUGCGGGCAAGAGUUUCACAGUGUCAAGGAUCUGAGGCUGCACCAUCAUUCGUGUCGUCACAAGAAAUCGGGUUUCGAGGAAACAGACAACUGUGAGCUUAAAUCGGCUUUAGUCAAACUUGCUUUCUUCAAUCGGCGGGUGAACGAAUAUCUGCAGUACGGAACGGUCGCCGAUCGUUAUUUGUGUUUGUAUCUGAAGAAGAUUCUGAAGAAGAUAAUGAUCACACUAGACACGUUCACUCUGUGA